GACGCUGCGCUGGAAACCGUCCAAUCAGGCAUGCAGCUGGAGCGGACUGGACGGCUUCCGGGUUUGGCGGGGCCUUUGUCUCUUGCUGUAGCCGGAGCUCCAGGUUUCGUCCUCACUACUCUGUGUCUUCUGCUCCUGGGGGCCCAUCCUCUGUGGCCCUGUGACCUGCAGAUAUUGAGAGAUCCACCGCUAAGACGCCAGGACCCCCUGGAAGCCUGGAAAUGGAUGACCUGAGGUAUGGAAUGUGUCCUUUCAAGGGAGCAACUGGAUGCCCUGGGGCUGAGAGGAAUCUUCUGGUGCACUCUUAUUUUGAAAAGGGGCCAUUGACGUUUAGGGAUGUGGCCAUAGAAUUCUCUCUGGAGGAGUGGCAAUGCCUGGACACUGCUCAGCAGGGUUUGUAUAGGAAAGUGAUGUUAGAGAACUACAGAAACCUGGUCUUCUUGGGUAUUGCUGUCACUAAGCCAGACCUGAUCACCUGUCUGGAGCAAGGAAAGGAGCCCUGGAAUAUAAAGAGACAUGAGAUGGUAGCCAAACCCUCAGUUAUAUGUUCUCAUUUUGCCCAAGACCUUUGGCCAGAGCAAGACAUUAAAGAUUCUUUUCAAGAAGCGAUACUGAAAAAAUAUGGAAAUUAUGAACAUGACAAUUUACAGUUACAAAAAGGCUGUAAAAGUGUGGAUGAGUGUGAGGUGCACAAAGAAGAUGAUAACAAAUUAAACCGGUGUUUGAUAACUACCCAGAGAAACAUAUUUCAAUGUGAUCCAUAUGCAGAAGUCUUUCAUACCUUUUCAAAUUCAAACAGACAUAAGACAAGACAACCUGAAAAGAAACCUUUCAAAUGUAAAAAAUGUGAGAAAUCAUUUUGCAUGCUCUUACACCUAAGUCAACAUAAAAGAUUUCAUAUUACAGAGAAUUCCUACCAAUGUAAAGAUUGUGGCAAAGCCUUCAACUGGUUCUCAACCCUUACUACACACAGGAGAAUUCAUACCGGAGAGAAACCCUACAAAUGUGAAGAAUGUGGGAAAGCAUUUAACCGGUCCUCACACCUUACUACACAUAAGAGAAUUCAUACUGGAGAGAAACCCUACAGAUGUGAAGAAUGUGGGAAAGCCUUUAACCGGUCUUCACACCUCACUACACAUAAAAGAAUUCAUACUGGAGUGAAACCCUACAAAUGUACAGAAUGUGGCAAAGCUUUUAACCGGUCCUCACACCUUACUACACACAGGAUAAUUCAUACUGGAGAGAAACCCUACAAAUGUGAAGAAUGUGGCAAAGCUUUUAACCAAUCCUCAACCCUAGCUACACAUAAGAUAACUCAUGCUGGAGAGAAACCCUACAAAUGUGAAGAAUGUGGCAAAGCUUUUUACCGAUUCUCAUACCUUACUACACAUAAGAUAAGUCAUACUGGAGAGAAAUUCUACAAAUGUGAAGAAUGUGGCAAAGGCUUUAACUGGUCUUCAGCCCUCACUAAACAUAAGAGAAUUCAUACUGGAGAGAAACCCUAUAAAUGUGAAGAAUGUGGCAAAGCCUUUAAUGAGUCCUCAAACCUUACUACGCAUAAGAUGAUUCAUACUGGAGAGAAACCCUACAAAUGUGAAGAAUGUGGCAAAGCCUUUAACCGGUCCUCACAACUAACUGUACAUAAGAUGAUUCACACUGGAGAGAAACCUUACAAAUGUGAAGAAUGUGGCAAAGCCUUUAACCGGUGCUCACAACUAACUGCACAUAAAAUGAUUCAUACUGGAGAGAAGCCCUACAAAUGUGAGGAAUGUGGCAAAGCUUUUAACCGAUCCUCAAACCUUAGUAAACAUAAGAUAACUCAUACUGGAGAGAAAUCUUACAGAUGGGAAGAAUGUGGUAAAGCCUUUAACCAGUCCCUGAGCCUUAUUAACAAAAUAACUCAUACUGGAGAGAAACCCUACAAAUGUGAAGAAUGUGGCAAAGCCUUUAGUCCUAAACUCUUACUAAACAUAAAAAAAUUCAUACUGGAGUGUGAAGAACAUGGCAAAGCCUUUAAUAAGUUCUCAAUUCCUAACAGACAUAAGGUAAUUCAUACUAGAGAUAAUUCAUACUAGAGAGAAAUUCUACAAACCAGAAAGAUGUGACAGUACUUUGAAAACACCUCAAACUUUUCUAAACAUAAAGGAAAUCACAGUGGUGAGAAAUCCUAGAAAUGUGAAGAAUUUGAUAAAGCUUUUAAAUGGUUGUCACACUUGAUUGUAGGUAAGAUAAUUUAUACUGGAGAAAACUUCUACACGUGUGAACAAUGUGGCAAAACUUUUAACCAAUGCUCACACCUUACUGCAUAGGAAAGCAUUUAUACUUGAGAAAGGUUGUACAAAUAUAAAGACUGUGAAAAAGCCGUUAAUACAUGCUCACAUCUUACUCAACAUCAGAGAGUUCCUACUUAAUAAAAACAUUAUAAGGGCAACUACUGUCAAAAUAUCUUUAAGAAAAUAUAAGCCUUUAAGGUGAAGAGUAUUUUGAAGAGGAACAUUGUAGUAGGAUUGUAAUAUGUUUACUUGUAUCACAGAUCUUACUGUACACAUUUUGUAUUAGAGGAAACCUCUGAAGCAGUUGCUCAAACUUUGUUCAGUAUCAGGGAAUUUAUAUUGAAAAAAAACCUUGCAAAUGUAAUACAUUUGGAAAAGUACUUUUUCAAAAACUACAGCUUAGAAAACACGAGAGAGUUCAUACUAAAACAUAUUUUUGCAGAUACAGUAGAAAUUUAAAUUUUUAAUCAAAAAUUAAAUCUAUGUAAAUAUCAGAAUUUACAGUAGAAAUAUAUAAGGCACUGACACUUCAGAUAUUGUACUAAAUCAGAGUGCUGAGUAUAGAAAAUAAUCUAAAACUAAAAUUUGUAAAAAAAAUUAUUUGUAUAUAACUUUAAAAGUAGUAGAAGUUUUUGCAGUUCAAAGUAUGCUUAACUUUUUGAAAAAAUAUUUUGAAAAGUGAAUAAUUAUGUAAUUCAGCUCUCAAAUUAUUUCCUGCUGUUUCUUCAUUCCUAUUUUACAUGUGAAAGCAUGUGAUCAAUUGUUGCUGCAUCAAAGAUAUGAGAGAUUCUUUUUUAUUAGGUGAGCAUUAUUUAUAAACUUUGUUAUGAAAAAGUAAGGACAUUAAAAUGUGAGAUGUAUGACGAAAAUCUAAGUGAAGAGACUUUUGUGGUUAACUUAUAAUAUUGAGUAAUAUGUGCAUUAGGCGUUCAGAGUAAUGUUCUGCAUUGUGAGAAGAAAGCAUUUUAAAUUUCAUUUAUAAGUAAAUUAAAAUUAAUUUAGUAUAUUGUACUAAUUAUACUUUUAUAUAAAAUGCAGUAUAUUUUUUUAGAUUUCAGAUUAUAUGUGAUGUUAAUAUAUUCAACCUUUUUAACAUGUUAAAUACUAUUGUGCAUUCAAUGAAGUGUUGUUAUGUCACAAACCUUAACCUAUUCCUCCUUACUCAAGGGUGCAUAUAAAACAUGGUAACAAUAUAUAUACUGUUUAGUAACAUAAUGGAUUAACAUCUCUAGUAAUCUCUUUUGCCAGUGGCUUUGACUGCAAAUAAGUUAAAGAAUAUUACUUCUGUAGGUUAAAAUUUUGUUUUUAUUUUAUUUAUUUUUUUUUUGAGAGGGAAUCUUGCUCUGUCAUCCAGGCUGGAGUGCAGUGGCGUGAUCUUGGCUCACUGCAACCUCUGCCUCCUGGGUUCAAGCAAUUCUGCCUCAGCCUCCCAGUAGCUGGGAUUACAGGUGCCCACCACCAUGCCCAGCUAAUUUUUGUAUUUUAGUAGAGAUGGGGUUUCAUAAUGUAAGUCAAGCUGGUCUUGAACUUCUGACCUCAAAUGAUCCCUCCACCUCAGCUUCUGAAAGUUCUGGGAUUACAGGCAUGAGCCACUGUGCCCAGCCAAAUGUUUAUUUUAUUUAAAUUUAUUUUUCUUAAUUAUUUGGGGUAUAUGAGUAUAUAUUCAUGUAAUAUAUGGCAUAUUUUGAUACAAGAAGAGAGUAUAUAAUAAUCACAUCAGGGUAAAUGAGGUAUCCAUCACCUCUAGUGUUUAUCUUUUGUAUUACAAACAAUCCACUUUUAUACUUUUAGUUAUUUUAACAUGUACUAUUGUUAUUGAUUACAGUGUUAUUUUUAUGGUCAUAAUAAAUUAUGUAGAAGUAUAAAUAAAAUCCAUACAUUUCUGGGUCCUGAAUAAAUAUUUUUAAAGUUUUCUAAUAUUUAUUUUUUGAGCAUGUUUCCUGUCUGCCUGCAAACACAUGCAGACUUUUAGUUUUCAUUUACGUAGAGUUAAAUAUAUGUUAGUCUAAAGAUAAACCUUAGGUGUAAGAAAAUUAUAGAGUGAGUUUUUGUGUAUGAAUUUAUACCUGUUUUCAGAAGACAAAAGCAAUAUUGAACAAAACAAAUCAUUUUAACAAGAUGACUACUAGAAAACUAAAAACCUCAAAAAUGCUGAAAGCAAAUGUAUUCUCUGCUUUGUAUUGAAUUUAUUACUGUACAAUCUAUGGCUGAUAGUUCUGAAUCUCCCCAUGAAAAUUCUGUUUAUACUUGCCUGGUACUCAUGAUACACCCCUAAUUAUUUUGUAUCUUUUUUUAUAUAAAUAUUUUACAGAUUACAAAGUAUUCAUUAUGUGAGCUGGUCUGUGAUUAUAAGAAUAAUUGUUAUAAAAUUUAGUAAUGCAUACAAAAUUUUUAAAUGUAAUUCCACAAUUAGUGUAUUAAGUUACAUUUUAUUUAGUUAGAACACUUCAUUUUGUUUUUAGUUGGAGAACUCUAUCGCUCUUUUGUUAUUUUUCUUUUCACUUUUUAUAAUUCACAUAAGUAAAUUUAUUUAUUGAGUUAAUUUGUUCAGAUAAGUACUAGGGAAGCUUGAUAAGUCAUGAGGAUGUUUUUAUAUUUAAAUGUAGCAAACACAGUUCUUACUAACAAGUGUUCCAUAAUAAGCCGUAAGUAUUCCUGCUAAAGUUAGUUUGUAACUUCAAUUCAGAGAUGAAAAAUAUCAGUUGUGAAGAAAUAAAAUUGAUUCUUCAUGUGGAGAGGA